CACCCAGUUAUCAGUAAAGAGGCGUUCUAUGAGAUGGGCUUGUCUAGACACAUAAAUAAGGACAACCAAGCUAAAGCCUUAUCUUCUGUGCAUGUAUUGUUAGUUACUAGUGAAGCUAAGUAUGACUACUAAAACAUCAGAGACAGAAAAACAACCAUUGUUCAUAGAUGGAGAGGAGCCCAUCUCCCCAGUAGAGUCUAAACCAAAGUUCAAGAAAGCCUUUAAAGAGUUCUCCCUCGAGACUGAUGUUGAUGAAAUAGCCACUGGAUGGUGGCCCAAAGUAACUGGGAGUUGUCUGUGCAAGCUCUCUAUAGUGUUCUACCUCCUGUUGUGUGUGGGAUUGAGUGUACUGUACGUUGGUCUGCGAUAUACACACGAGACUAAGCCAGAGGACACACCACCACCAUGGAUACCAGGAACACCGACAGUUGUACAGGAUAAGCCACACCCUCCAGCCCCCCAGCCCCUACACUUCCAAGACCUCCCUUACACCGAGUGGAUAGCCAAGAGGUGGACCUACAACGAUGCACCCUUUGCUGAUUGGCCCUCACUACCAUCCUUCCUAACCAACAUUACACAGAUAUCCUCUGGCACUAUAGGCAAGAGACACGGUGUUUGGAUACUGACUGAGAAUGACUUGUUUUUUGGGACAAAUUUCUACGAUAAUGUAGAGUUUUUGAAUGUGAGUGAAACCAUUGGGCUCAGUGUGUUGGCUGGUAGCAUGGUUGCCGUGGCUACUGGCGGAGAGGUGUACUUGGCCACGCCCAUCAACAUCACCCUGUUGGACUGCUUAGGAGACUCUGAGGACUAUUGUGAGGUAGUAACGUCCAACUCUCAACCUCUUCCCUUCACGGCCGUCCACUCUACUACCUUCUCCCUCUCAACUGGCGGGCUUUGGUUGGGCACUGACACUGGACUCUACCUGGCCACCACCAAACUGCCCACUCCUCUCGACGUGUCAGAAGAGCUUUUCUUUGACGGCGACAUUGUCAUCAGUAAUGUAACUGAGGUCGAAGGUCAAAUACAAACAUUACUAUGGCGAUCAUCAGUUAGCACUGUUCCGAAAAACUCUGCAUUUAUUCUCGUACCUGGAGCUGGGGAUGCUCUACAAAAAUCAUCCGCUUUUUUCACUUAUCAAGGGACGAAAGGAUUCAAAAAUCAAGAUUUGUUUGGCGUUCUUGUGGUAGGCACGAAAGAUCGUCUGUACUUUUACGAUGGCCAGCACUGGUGGUUUGAGUGGGUUUCUGUGUGGGGGGUGAGUCUAGGGGGGGUAAUCGAUGGACCCCCCACAGCAAUGGCCGUGGGUACAGCAGGAGACAUCUACAUUGCCAAUAAUGUCUCAAUGACACGAAUUAAUAUCGACUACACAUUCGAUCGAAUCGGACCACUCCAGGGCUUGCCUUAUAAUCAACUGAGGUCGCUGUGUUUUGUCAACUGUCAACCUACUGCCCCUCAUCCCACUAGAGGUCAUAAGGACCGUAUCUCAAACUCAGGGAUGCUAUGGAUCGGUACAGGACGGGGGUAUGCACUAUUUGACCUCCAAAGCUCGGAGUUCAAACAUUAUUUUUAUGGUCCGAGGUGGCAUUCGGGAGAGGAGAUCAGGGCCAUUGCUAGCGUUGGUGGUGCCGGUGUUGUCAUGGUGACAGACGGAGGAUUGACCUUUGUGACCCCCGAGGAGUGGACACUAGCUAAGAAGGCGGCGCACUACCAGAAAAUGUUGGCACGUCACACAAGAGAACCAGGCAUAGUGUCUGACUGCCCCCUGACUGACUACAAUGUCACGACCUGCUCUCCAUACACCACUGACAAUGACGGACUGUGGACCUCCUGGCUGGUAGGGGCGGAGUCACUGCGUUAUGCUGUCACAGGGGACACCAGUGCUCGAGAGAAUGCAUGGACCCUCUUCCAGGGAAUGGCCUUCCUUAACAAUGUGACUGGUGUCCGUGGUCUAAUGGCCCGCUCUGUGCUGCACGAGAACAGCACUGUACCGGUACCGGCUGGGGAGUGGCACAGGUCUACCAGUAUCCCUGGCUGGCUCUGGAAGGGGGACACUAGCUCUGAUGAGGUGGCAGGGCAUAUGUUUGCAUACCCCCUAGUUCAUGACCUGGUGGCGAGGAAUGAAGAGGAGAGAGCAGCAGCCAGUGGACUAGUGGAUGAUAUAGUUGGCUACAUCAAGAGCAAUGACUACCACCUGAUAGACAUCACCAACCAGUCCACUAGGUGGGGGGUGUGGGCCCCCUCUCAGCUCAACCUCAACGUCUCCUGGGCUGAUGAGCACGGUCUCAACUCUCUGCAGAUUCUCUCCUACCUACUGUCAGCCUAUAGACUCACGGGCAAGGCAGAGUACUGGGACGCUUGGAAGGAUUUGGCAGAUAACCCUGACAACCACUAUGGCCUGAAUAUGGUGAACCAGAAGAUUACCUUCCCACGAGACGAGAACUUCAGUGAUAAUGAGCUGGCCUUCCUUCCUUACUUCACCUAUUGUCAAGCUAGUCAGAUGAUGAAAAAUCCGGUUGAUGCUCAAGUCAGUUACUAUGGCAACCUGAGUCUAAAGCGGACGUGGAGUGUGGUGGGCCAGGAGAAGAGCAGUGCUUGGUCAGCAAUCUAUGCCUACUGCACAGGCUCUCGCAAUGAUCCUGCCCUGCUGGAUGCUCUAGUGUGGACCCUGCGUAGUUGGCCCCUGGAGCUGGUGGAGUGGAGGACUACCAACUCUCACAGACUAGACAUUAGGCACAAUCCAGAGCAAGACCGGGACUUGCACAGUAAUAGCCAGUCAGUGCGGCUCCUCCCAGCUAAUGAGAGGGGUCAACUAAGAUGGAAUGCCAACCCCUACCAGCUGGACAGUGGGGGAUCUAGCAGUGAGAUGGACCCGGGGGCGUGGCUUCUACCCUAUUGGCUAGCGAGAUGGACAGGAAUGCUAUAGUAUAUGAAACCUUAUAUUAAAUUUCUAUGUCUCUCAGCUCCUAACAUGUAUCACUCUCUGUGUAAUGCUAUUAAAUUUUUUUUAUAAAUUGCACUAUAGCUCAAAGAAGACUUUACUACCACAAUUAAAGUCUACAUGUGUAUAUACAUAUGACAAUAA